AUGUCAGAAUCCAACUCUCAAGCUAGCCUGUGGCUGAUUGAUUUUUGUCCUAUCCCUCAUUCAUCUUCCCAUCAACUACUCACUCGAAAAUUUCUACAUCAAAUUAAAGGUUUUACCAAAUGGUACCGAGAACGAGAAGCGUAUUUGAGUCAUCUAGAAUUACCACUCCGGAUCGAAUUUUUAGAUGAUCAUGAAUGUAUAGAAAGCCGAUUAUACCAUCACAAUCAAGCAUUGUUUCGACUUCACAAAAAUUCUGUCCAUAAUCCUUUCCAGGAUAUUACCAAGGGACUUGUUACAACACUACAAGACGAUCAUGGUUUAUCAUCAACUUUUCAUGAACUUUUUAAAAGCAACAAAAAGGCAUGGAGAAUUGCAGUAUUCAGAGCUUUGUUAUUCAACAACUGGCAAAUACUUGAUUAUGUUUCAAAACAUGAGCUCUUGGACGAUUGUUUCAGAAAUGACUUGAGAUAUUUAUUGAACUUUCAAGCAAGCUGUCCUGUGGCCUUGGAUCCAGAUAAUCGAGAUCUUGCCAUGAGAACCAUCAAAUCAUUUCCUAUGGAUUUGAGGUAUGCAUCAGAAAGGUUACAAAACGAUAAAGAAGUUGUCUGGAAAGCAAUCAAGGAAAAUGCAGAGGCUCUUCAAUUUGCUUCACACGAAUUGAGAAAUGAUAAAAUUACUGUGAUCAAAGCGUUGAUUUCUGGUAAUGUACAAGUGAUUAAUUAUGCUUCCGAUGAGUUGAGAAAUGAUUCUGAACUACAAGCUGCAGUUGCCAUGAUUUCGAAACAUGGUGUGAAAAAUCUAGUAUUUUCAUUGAAUGAUGCAAUGCCCGAAGUGAGAAAUAACCUGUAUUUGACCUACAUGUCUAUCAUGUUAAAAGAACACAAUUUGAAAUACGCUACAGACAAAUUCAAGAGCGAUAGAGAGUUAGUCAAACUAGCUGUACAGCACCAACAUGAUAUAUUUCAAUUUGCAUCAUUAGAGCUUAGAACAGAUUGUGAAUUUGUGUUAGAACUGUUACGAAAACAUCCCAGUGGCCUCAACGAUUUUGUUUGCCGAGAUCUCAGCAGAGACCAAACAUUCAAUAUUCAAUGGAUUAACAUUGCAAGAACUGAAUUGAAGCAGGAAAUAGUGUUUCGCACUUGGUUUCUCAAUAAUUUUGCUCGUGAUCGAGAUAUGGUCUGCUAUUAUUUUGACCCACUGUCAUCAUUAAAAUGUGACUAUUGGAUCGCUGUGGAGUUGGUGAAGAAUUAUUACACGCAAGAUCGAGAAAUUUUGUCGAGAAUUUUGAGAAAAUGUGGAAGUGCUUUGAAAUUUAUUUCUAACGAUUUUAAAAACGAUAGAGAUAUUGUGUUAAAUGCUGUGACUAGUUCAGGUUUUGCUCUGCAAUAUGUCUCUGGUUCAUUAUGCCAUGAUAGAGAGGUGGUUAUUUGUGCAUUGAAAAAUGAAGGCAACGCUCUGCAAUUUGUUUCAAAAGAGCUCACCAAUGAUAGAGAACUGGUAUUGACUGCAGUGUUACAGAAUGGAAAUUCACUGCGUUACGCAAGAGAAGAAUUUAAAAACGAUAGAGAAAUAAUCUUGACUGCUCUUCGCAAACCAACAAAUAUUUUAGGAAUUAUUGAGAACAUUUCUGAAGACAUGCGAAAUGAUCGAGAAAUUAUGUGGGAUGCCGCUAUUAAAAGCAACGGCUCGGCUCUACCAUUUGCUUCUGACCAAUUGAAGCAGGAUCGACAAUUUGUGCUAAAUCUCGUAGAAAGAGAUGCCUCUUUUCUCAAAUACUUGCCUCAAGAAUGGCGAGAUGACCGUGAAAUCAUAUUGACUGCUGUAAAGCAAGAUGGUUCAUUCAUCACAUAUGCACCACUAAUAUUGCAAAAUGAUAGAGAAAUCAUUCUUCAAGCUGCUUUAGGGUGUCUUUCAGCAUCUACGGAAUUACAGAACAACAGAGAAAUUGUGUUGCUCAAAGUGAAACAAGACGCUCGCUUUUUUAGUGAAAUAUGUUAUCUUUUUGAUAACGAUCGAGAAAUUGUGUUGGAGGCAGUCAAACAAGACGCCUCUCUGUUUUGGAACACCUCUGAGGAAUUGGCUUUUAACGACAAUACCUUAUUUCUGGAGGCAUUUAAACGUUCAGGCGAUUUAUUUUUCCAUAAAAACAUUGAACGGUCAUAUUUUAAUGAGCUAAAGAGAUUAAGACUUGAUUUUGAAUAUCAUGGAUGUGAUAUACCUGAGAGAUUUCUUGUGACCCAAAAUCCAGUCUAUUUAUUAGAGCAUGACGGACUCUAUUUAGUGAAAAAUAAUGAUCAAAAAACAUGGAAUCAAUAUCUAUUCGAUCAUACAGCAGAAAGUAACGAUUGGAAAAUAAUUUUUAAUGCUGAAAUUGAUAGUUUUUCGUUGACCCGCCAGUUGGAGAAAUAA